GCAACGCAGACAACGAGACGACAAUAGAGACCAAGGAAGCUAAUGUGACAAAGCAAUUUCAAAAACUUGAAGUUAAACAAUCUUCCGCCAAACCAAAAGAAGAAGAACAUGCUUCGUCACCAUUAAAGCAAGUUAACAAUAGCUCUCCGACUGUUCCUCAGUCUUCAGAACAAGUAGCCGACAAAACAUCGACUUCUAUACCACCCAGUCUAAGGUCCAUGCGCGGGGCGAGCGUGUUUGGUAGUGGAGUGAGAUUCUCUCCAGCAGUCACAAACUUGACAAGAUCGCUUACCGCAACCGACCCGGAUUCUGUCUCAUCGACUUCCUCACAAACAAAUAUAUUUGAUGUAAGCUCAAAAUCUAAUGCAACUGGGUCAUGGCUUUCAAACGACUCUUCCCGGCCAUCAUCACCAACGUCCCAAUUGUCGUCAUCACCCAUAAUAUCGUCGGCUACUGGAAAAAAACGUACUGCCAGUGAAUUUAACGAGGACGAAGAGAGUUCUGAUGACCAGGACGGCGGAGAGCAGGAAGAAGGUUCCAGUCUACGACAAUCGCAAGAAAUAGAGCCACCAACAAAAUUGUUCCGCACGGAUACUGCAUUGACCGAACCAUCUGCCACGGUGCUAACUGGCGAAGAGAACGAAAAGACGAUCGUAAAGACACCGGCAAAGCUAUAUUGGCUUAAUAAAUCGGAUUGGAAAGAGCGCGGUAAAGGACCGUUUAAGUUGAACAGGAAAUUAGAUAAUCCAUCUUCUAUCCGAUUGUUGAUGUGGACGGAAGGUACACUGCGCAACAUUCUUAACGUUCCAUUAUUUCCGGGUAUGAGUAUAUCGACCGAGAAUAAGUUUGUUAGACUUGGGGCUAUUGAAGAAGGGAAACCGGUUCAAUUGGCUAUCAAGUUUGAGAGUGUAGCUAUGGCCACAGAAAUAAAAGAAAAAAUAAUGGAAUGCAUUGAGGGACUGAAGACUGACCCAUCGACUUUAUUCCUGACGUCCACGGACACAACGUUGGAAAUCAAAGUCCGGGACUUUGCGUUUCCACCGGACGAUCCUCGACAUUGGGGUGAAACAUACCCAUCUUCAUCAGACGAAGAAGAAUUUGGAUACGAAUACGCUAAUCAUCGAGCUCGGGCUCUCUACGACUUUCAAGCCGAUACACCUAGUGAGAUGAGUUUCCAGGAAGGAGAUAUUAUGAUUGUCAGAUCUCGACAAUGCACAGGCUGGCUGGUCGCUGAUAUGGGAGAAGAAACAGGGCUGGUACCUGAGAAUUACAUUAUCGUAUUAGGGGAUGAUGAGGAGGACGAAGAAGAGUAUUAUGCUUGGCCAGGACAAGAGCAGGAUGGCUGA